CUACGGAGAGAAGGGUGGACACCCGCGCCCGCCUCUAAAGCCCGCCUUUCCUGACAAAUAAAGGUCGCCGCCGCCGAGUCAGCGGGCGGAGCUAAGCCAGCCGUGAUUCAUACUGUCGCGGGAACCCGGGAGGUGGAGCCCCGCGUAACCAGAGAUGACCCGAAGUUGCUCCGCUGUGGGCUGCAGCACGCGGGACACCGAGCUGAGCCGGAAGCGCGGCCUCUCCUUCCACCAAUUUCCAACUGACACCAUACAGCGCUCAAAAUGGAUCAGGGCUGUUAAUCGUGUGGAUCCCAGAAGCAAAAAGAUUUGGAUUCCAGGACCGGGUGCCAUGCUGUGUUCCAAACAUUUUCAAGAAAGUGACUUUGAGUCCUACGGCAUAAGAAGAAAGCUGAAGAAAGGAGCUGUGCCUUCUGUUUUUCUAUACAAGAUUCCCCAAGGUGUACACCUUAAAGGUAAAGCAAAACAGAAAAUCCUAAAGCAACCGCUUCCAGAGAAUUCUCAAGAGGGCGCUACUGAGGACCAUAACUACAGUUUAAGGAGACCUUUGACAAUGGGUGCAGAGAGACUGGCUGAGGUGCAGCAGUUGUUGCAAGUGUCCAAAAAAAGAAUUCUCUCUGUAAAAAACUACCGGAUGAUCAAGAAGAGAAAGGGCUUACAACUAAUUGAUUCACUUGUGGAAGAGAAACUACUCUCUGAAGAAACAGAGUUUCUGCUCCGAGCUCAAUUUUCAGAUUUUAAGUGGGAGUCGUAUAAUUGGAGAGAAAUAGACGAGUACUCCGCAGAGAUGAAGCAGUUUGCAUGCACACUCUACUUGUGCAGCAGCAAAGUCUAUGACUAUGUACGAAAGAUACUGAAGCUGCCUCAUUGCUCCAUCCUCAGAACGUGGUUGUCCAAAUGCCAACCCAGUCCAGGCUUCAAUAGCAACAUUUUUUCGUUCCUUCAGCGAAGAGUGGAGAACGGAGACCAGCUGUAUCAGUACUGUGCAUUGACAAUAAAAGAUGUCUCUCUCAAGCAGCAGCUUCAGUGGGAUCCCAGCAGUCACAGUCUGCAAGGGUUCAUGGACUUUGGUCUUGGAAAACUCGAUGCUGAUGAAGCACCACUUGCUUCUGAGACGAUCUUGCUCAUGGCAGUGGGUAUUUUUGGUCACUGGAGGAUGCCUCUCGGUUACUUCUUUGUCAACAGAGCAUCUGGAUGUUUGCAAGCUCAGCUACUGCGUCUGGCAAUUGGCAAGCUGAGUGACACAGGGGUCACAGUGCUAGCUGUCACUUCGGACGCCACUGCUCACAGUGUGCAGAUGGCUAGAGCUCUGGGGAUUCACCUUGACGAGGACAGCAUGAAGUGCACGUUCCAGCACCCGUCGGCCUCCGGCCAGCAGAUCGCAUACUUCUUCGAUUCCUGCCACCUGCUGAGACUCGUAAGAAACACAUUUCAGAGUCUGCAGACCAUUCAGUUUCUCCACGGCACAGCACACUGGCAGCAUCUGGUGGAUUUAGCAGCGCUGGAGGAGCAAGAAUUAGCAGGUAGGGAGAGGAGCCCAUGCAAGCUCAUCAGUUUGAAAAGUCACGUGCUGAAAGUGAACUGUGCAGCCCAGCUCUUCAGCGAGAGUGUAGCCCGUGCAUUAGAACACUUGCUGUCCACAGGCCUGCCUUCUUUUCAAAAAUGUAUGGGUACCACUUAUUUUUUACGCUUAAUUAGCAAUCUGUUUGACAUUUGUAACAGUAGGAACCGUUAUGGAAAGAGACUUAAAGGGCCUCUAUCACCUGAAACAUACAGUAAAAUAAAUCACGUGUUAAUUGAAGCCAAGACUAUUUUUGUUACUUUAUCCGACACUAGCAAUAAUCAAAUCAUUAAAGGUAAACAGAAACUGGGAUUCCUGGGAUUUUUGCUUAAUGCCGAAAGCUUAAAAUGGCUCUACCAAAAUUAUGUUGUCCCAAAGGUCGUGCCUCUUCCUUAUCUUCUGACUUACAAGUUCAGUCAAGAUCAUCUGGAAUUAUUUCUGAAGAUGCUUAGGCAGGCAUCAGUACCCAGUUCCAGCCCUACCUGCAUGGCAUUCCAGAAAGCCUACCAUAAUUUGGAGACUAGGUGCCAAUUUCAAGAUGAAGUUUUUCUAAGUGAAGCAAGCAUCUUUGACAUUUCACUUGCUCGAAGGAAAGACUUGGCCCUCUGGACAGUCCAGCAUCAGUAUGGUGUCAACAUCACAAAGACACUCUUUCACAAAGAGGAUAUUUACCAAGACUGGCCUAAUUGUUCACUAAGUGAGGCAUUACUAGACCUGUCAGAUCAUAGGCGGAAUCUUACCAAUUACGCUGGUUAUGUUGCAAAUAAAUUAUCAGCGCUUUUAAUUUGUGAAGACUGCAUUACUGCACUGUAUGCUUCGAACCUCAAAGCCUCUAAAAUUGGGUCAUUGUUACGUGUUAAAAAGAAAAAUGGUUUGCAUUUUCCUUCAGAAAGUCUAUGUCGGGUUAUAAAUAUUUGUGAGCAAGUUGUAAAAACCUAUUCAAGAAUGGCAGUUUUUGAACUAGUUCCUAAGCAGAGGGAAUUGUAUUUUCAACAGAAAAUAUUAUGUGAGCUUUCUGGGCAUCUGAGUCAUCUUUUUGCAGAUUUAGAUGAGCAUCUGUUUGAUGGAGAAGUGUGUGCCAUCAAUCACUUUGUCAAGUUGUUGAAGGAUAUAAUAAUCUGUUUCUUAGAUAUCAGCACUAAACGUGUAGUGCAGUACCCCUUGAAACACCAUUCAGAAAGAAUUGAAAUGAAAACCUUAUCAAGGAAACUUUGGUCAUCUUUACAGGAUUACAGAUGUUCAACUGUUGCUCAUACCAGUUCAUUCAGGAACCCACUAAUUAACAAUGAGAGACCCAAAAUAUGUUAA